AGGUAAAGAUGAAACGUUGUCCAAACUGCAUACUUUUGUUUUUUUGCUAGUGGAAACAGGUGACCAAAUCAAAAGUUAAUAACCAUUUAGCUUCUGGCUUCAUUGUUUCGCCUGCUGUGUAGGAAGAAUCUAGCGGACCUGAGAUUCAUUCAUUGAUGGAUUUCAUUCAUUGAAAGAAAAAAAGUGGAUCUUAAAGGGAGAGGAGGAGAGAAAGUGAAGCCGUGGAAAGGCGGACUGAACGAAUGAAGACAUUUUACCGACAGGAAGGAGUCAAGAGAGACAAGACUCAUUUUGAGCAAGGCAGUUAAGUGUGCGCCAUUGACAAUUCCGCGCAGGGAAGAGUUAACCACAUCCUCCUAGUUAAGUUUACAUGUAAAUAGAGAGCAGCUGCUCUUCUCCGGCUCAGGCUGGCCCACUGGAGCUUUUGAUUGGCUGCCAAUGACAUCACUCCCUCCACUGAUUAUAAUAUAGAGGACGAGACCCAAAGCAGCGUCGAACAAACUGUCCCUUAAGAAGCGAGUGGCCAGCCCCCAGCUCCUCCCACUUACCCAUCCGCUGCCAAUCCUUGGCAUCCCCGCGAGUGGGAUCAAGCGGCUUCCAUCGGAGAGUCCCUAUUGGGGUAGCACGUCUUCUAUUCCUCCUCUAGCCACGCCCCUUUCGAACCUUACAUUUACUGUGUAGCAAAAGAGAAACUAAGUAUGUUGCUGCAGGAGAUCAAUGAAGCCAAGUGAGUGGAGGCUUAAUGCGUAAAUCGAUAGCUACAGACGAGCGCCAGAUGUUGGAGGGAAAUAUUCAUUUAUGAAAGAGCUUGAGUUCCUUUUGACUUGCCAUUCUCAGCUUCCUCAUGCCUCCAUCUCCACUAGACGACAGGGUAGUAGUGGCACUCUCAAGGCCCGUAAGACCUCAGGAUCUCAACCUUUGCUUAGACUCCAGCUACCUUGAAUCUGCCUCCUCUGCCAGCGAGAGUCACGUGAGUCUCCUUAGCACAGCUGUCGUGUCCCUCAAGGCUGCUAAUCUGACGUAUAUGCCCUCAUCCAACGGCUCUGCUCGCUCCUUGAAUUGUGGAUGCAGCAGUGCCAGUUGUUGCACUGUGGCAACGUACGACAAGGACAAUCAGGCCCAAGCUCAAGCCAGCACCAGCAGCACUUCUACCAACAUAGGAACCUUGACUGCUUGCCCUGCUAACCAAAUGGUCAACAGCAAUGAGAACUCUGGCACUUUGAGUCCCUCGAGUGGCGUGGGGAGCCCUGUCUCGGGCCCAACGAAGCAGUUGCCUAGCGUCAAAGUCAUCUAUCCCAAUGACCUGGCUAAAAAGAUGACCAAAUGCAGCAAAAGCCACCAAGGGCCUGUCAUCAUUGAUUGCCGGCCUUUCAUGGAGUACAACAAGAGCCACAUCCAAGGAGCUGUUCACAUCAAUUGUUCAGAUAAGAUUAGCAGGCGAAGACUUCAACAGGGCAAGAUCACUGUCUUGGACUUGAUCUCUUGCCGGGAAGGCAAAGACUCCUUCAAGAGGAUCUUUUCCAAAGAAAUCGUUGUUUAUGAUGAGAAUACCAAUGAGCCAAGCAGAGUAAUACCUUCGCAGCCAUUGCACAUAGUGCUGGAGUCUCUCAAGCGAGAAGGCAAGGAACCGCUAGUUCUAAAAGGUGGACUCAGCAGUUUUAAACAGAACCAUGAAAACCUCUGUGAUAACUCCCUCCAGCUUCAAGAGUGCCCUGAAGGCGGAGGAGGGGGUGGUGCCGCCGCGGUGACAUGUACGCUACCUCAGUCCAUCCCUACCACUCCAGACAUUGAGAAUGCUGAGCUCACCCCCAUCUUGCCCUUCUUGUUUCUUGGCAAUGAGCACGAUGCCCAGGACUUGGAGAAGAUGCAGCGGUUGAACAUAGGAUACAUCAUCAACGUCACCACUCACCUCCCUCUCUAUCACUAUGAGAAAGGCUUGUUCAGCUACAAGCGGCUCCCUGCCACAGACAGCAACAAGCAGAAUCUCAGGCAGUACUUUGAAGAGGCUUUUGAAUUCAUCGAGGAAGCUCACCAGUGUGGGAAAGGUCUCCUUAUCCACUGCCAGGCAGGUGUCUCGCGCUCUGCCACUAUAGUCAUCGCUUACCUUAUGAAGCACACACGGAUGACCAUGACUGAUGCAUAUAAGUUUGUUAAAGGCAAGAGACCAAUCAUUUCUCCUAAUCUUAAUUUUAUGGGGCAAUUACUGGAGUUUGAGGAAGAUCUAAAUAAUGGAGUCACACCACGAAUUCUUACACCAAAGCUGAUUGGGGUAGAGACUGUUGUGUGACUGCAAAGAAGCAUGUGACAAAGAGAUAUUUGUAUCCUUCACUUGACAUGGACUUUUUUUUUUAGCUUUGUUGGGGAGGGUUUAUUAUAAGAAAAAACUCUGGACGAAAACCUUUUUGAAGAAAAGGUUUUAAAAUACAAGGACUUCACAAAUGUUGGGCAGGUUGCCAUUGCAAGUCCCUUCUCAAAAAGCGGAUGAUGGAGAGAUGCUUAGAAGAAACCAGUUUUUUUAAAAAAAUCUACAUGCGUGUGAGAAAAAAAACUGGACACUAUAUAUAUUUUUCCUUUUUGUUGAUUCAGCUACUUGUAGAAAUUAUGACUAUGUAGUCUGUGCGGGUUCAUAGACUGAAGACAGCUGUGUUUAAAAAAAUAAAAUACAACCAGCCAAAAUAAAACCCGUGGGCCUUGAGUUUGCAAAGGCUUUGCUAAAGAAACCCUAAGCAAAAUGCUUGCUGGUGCAAAGAAGAUGAGAGCAGCUUAAAACUAUCUGCAAAUCACUCCUUGCCCUUCUUGACUAGAGAAAAUCUUUUUAUUUGCUGUGUUUCAUCUUCCGGUACUAUUUUUCUGUUUGCAGAUGGGAGUAGGAUAGGAUGUUCUAACACCAAGGGACAUGACCAUUUUAUGCCAUAUGCCUUUACUGGCUUCUUGUGCAAUAAUAGUUUUGGAGAAUGAAAAGAGUUCUUUAUUUUGAGUGUUCAAACCAGUUAUAGCUGGCUGCCCAGUAAUAAUAUUUUUUUUAAAAAAAUAGCAUAAAGGUGGCCGGCUUAAUGUAGAAGAAGGAAUACAACAAAAGCAAUUAUUUUUCCCCCUUGUUCUGAUUCUGGUUAUAGUGCCAUACACCUUGUUACAUAUGUAUAUCAGAAUGUACAAAGAUCAAGAACAAGCAAAGUUUAUUUAAAAUAUUUUUUGCACAAAAUAUUGGUGUGUUUCUGUUCAUGUAAAAAGUUUGAUUAUAAAAAUGAAAACUGUUUUAGAAAUUGA